AUGUUGAUGCCGCUCGUUGCCUCGCUGGCAUGGGUCAUUUUCAUCUUCGUACGGGCCAUCCAGGCAUAUCAGACCAACGUACCAGGCCCCUGGUACACCCAUCUCACCACUCUGGUUCUCAAGUACCAUGAGUUUACGAAGAAUCGUCGGCUUUGGAUCCACGAGCUUCAUCGACGAUAUGGACCUGUGGUUCGCUUAUCUCCAAAUGAGGUCUCCUUUGCCAACUUGGAAGGCAUGAAAGAGAUCUAUCAAAGCGGUGGUAGUGGAUAUGACAAGACUGAGUUCUAUGACCUGUUCAAACAGUAUAAUCAUCGGACAAUGUUCUCGACCUUGAAUCGGCAUGAUCACUCGCAAAGAAAGAAGCUCUUUGCCGAGAGAUAUGCCAUGACGAAUAUUAUGAAUUCCCAGAUCGUGGAGGGCUUCCAGCAACGCACAGCCAGUGUAAUGAAGAAGUGUGAAGCGUCUCUAGGCACUUGUCUUGACAUUUAUGUGGUACUUCAUUGUUAUGCACUCGACUGUGCAUCUCACUUUCUUUUGAACCCUGGUGGCACCGAUACUCUCAACAACCCGCAACAUUUCAAAAUGAUGGAAGAGCUUUCAUAUCACGACAGCAUCAAGCAGAGAUGGAUACAAUACUACUGGCCACUUCUGGACAAGAUCAACACAUUCUUCAGUCCAAAAUCGACUCCGCUAUCCAAGAAUUAUAUGAUUGAUCGCGUUCAAAACACCGAAGCCCAGGAGUCGUCACUUCUCCACAGACUCCAAGCGAAAUCAGCUCAACUGAGUAGCGUCUCGAUAGCAGCGGAAUGUAUGGACCAUAUGGCUGCCGGAAUUGACACCACAGGGGACGGGCUCUGUUUCCUGAUGCAUGAAUUGUCCUUGCCUCGCUCUCAGAUAUUUCAGAAACGCCUACAUGAGGAGAUUAUCCAGAACCCAGAAGUCAAGCUUAACAAUCUACCGUAUCUUGAUGCUGUCAUCAAGGAGGGUCUCAGACUAUUCCCACCGAUCCCUAUGAGCUUACCACGGUAUGUACCGCGGGAGGGCAGUACCAUCAGCGGCUACGAGCUUCCUGGCGGCUCCAUUGUCAGCUGCCAGGCUUACUCAAUGCAUCUCCUCGACGAAGAGGUCUUUCCCAACGCCGAGAAAUUCCUGCCUGAACGCUGGUUGGAGAAAGAAGGUGAAAUGGAGCGGAAUCGUCUGUUCUUCGCCUUUGCUUCGGGUGGCAGAGGCUGCAUAGGAAAGAACUUGGCACUGGUCGAGAUGAAGACAGUGCUGCGUGAAAUAUAUGGUAGGUUUGUCACAACUGUGGCGCCCGAAAUGAAAGGUGAUAUGGCAAUUGAUGAUCAAAUCAUUGCUUCGAGGCCCAAGGAUCAAACCUGUCUGUUGAAUUUUGAAGUCAUCGGACAGUAG